AUGAAUCCUGUCAAUACUGAGCCUUACAAGCUACCAAAUGGUGCCACCUGGCUAGUCACCGGAUGCUCAUCAGGUAUAGGUCGCGCAAUUGCCACUUUGAUCGCAAGCAAGCCAAACCAGCGCAUUAUCGCAACAGCGCGCAAUCCAGCCGAUCUAUCUUACCUCCCAGACGACAACAUCAAUAUUCUGAAGCUUGCCCUGGACGUGACCUCGGUCGAAUCCGUGAACAACGCAUUUACUGCAGCAGCACAGCAUUUUGGGGAAUCUUUCCACCUAGAUGUGGUGGUGAACAACGCCGGGUACUCCCUUUCGGGUGAUACCGAGGCUGCAACGGAAGAGGAAAUGCACCAGGAGAUGGAGACCUUGUUCUUCGGGACUGUGCGUGUGACAACCCGCAGUAUCGAGGUAAUGAGACAGGCCAAAGAUCGUCGCGGGGGGUUGAUUUUCCAAAUGUCCUCAUUGGCGGGGCUGUGCGCGUUUCCCGGUCAUGCCUUUUACCAUGCUAGCAAGUUUGCCGUGGAGGGAUUCUCGGAAUCGGUCGCCAGGGAGAUGCAUCCAGACUGGAACAUCAACUUCUGUAUUGUCGAGCCUAGCGGUGUCAAAACUAGUUUUGAAGGUCAUAGCAAGGCACAUAUCACGCCUCAUCCCGCCUAUGCAGGUCCUGAUAUGCCAGCAAGAAAGCUGGAGGGCUAUGUGCGCCAGGGAUUGAAACUUGGCAUGGGAAUGGAGCCUUCUGCUAUUGCCGAGACCUUGUUUAAAAUUGCGAGCCGCGAGGAGCGUGUUCCGCUUCGGUUGCCUCUGGGAGCAGUGUCUUGGAAAAUGUCCAAGUCGAAGUUCCAGGCAUUGUUGGAGGACUUUGAUGCCGUGAAAGAUAUUAGUGCCAUGGGGGAACAGCUUUGA